AUGAGUAAAGGCGGGAGGAAGGAAGAGGAAGAGUUCAGGGGGGUGCCUUGGACCCCUCUGGACAGCAGACCCCCCAGGCCCCCCCUGCAGGUCCCCCCUCGGAAGUCAGCGCCCCCCAGCUGUGAUUGGAGGAAGGCCAGAGCCGUGACACCCCCAGGUGACCAGGGGGACAGGUGCCGUGCGUGCUGGGCCUUUGCUUCUGUUGCUAAUGUGGAGUCACUCUGGUUUAUCCACUUCAAGAAGCUCUACAAGCUCUCCGUCCAAGAAGUGCUGGACUGCAGCAGCCUCAAGGAUGCCUGUGCCGGGGGCUACCCCUGGGACGCCUUUGGCACCAUUUAUACAGUUGGUGUGACCACUGCGGCGCAUUACCCAUAUCAGGCCCGGCAGGGUCAGUGCCGGUGGAACCAGAACUACGUCCUGCACAUCCAUGGCUUCCAGACGCUGCCAUCCAAUGAGACAGAGCUGGCUGCCCACAUCGCCAAGCGGGGCCCCAUCACUGUGAUCAUGAAUGCCAGGCUCCUGCAGAACUACCGAAGUGGCAUCAUCACCCACCACCUGGCACAUAACUGCAACCCUGACCUCCUGGAUCAUGUGGUGCUGAUUGUGGGCUACGGCCAGGAGAAGAAGAUCCCAUACUGGAUUGUCAAGAACUCAUAUGGGCCGGACUGGGGGGAAAAGGGCUAUUUCCGGAUCUACCGCGGGGGCAACGUGUGCGGCAUCGCCGAGAUGCCCCUCACGGCCACCGUGGGGCAGGACGGGGAUGGGGCUGGGGGCAUGGCCCACCGAGGUGGAUGCCCAGCCUGACCCUGACCAUAAUAAACUAGUAGG